AUGGGGAAAGACGGUUUGGGUACAAUAAAUGACAACGGAGAGAGGUUUGCCACAGACAAGCCGUGUGGGGAUUUCACGUGGCAGAACAUCACGUAUGUAGACGUGAAAUGUGACUACAGCUACUACUCGUCCGACGGCUUCGUUGACUACAUCGCAAAAAGACAUUACCAUGGUCCUUUCAGCGGGCGCUGCAAUGUCACCUGCUCUGAUGGAACACCGGUGAUAGGACCGCCGGUAACUUCGGAAUCCAUAGGUAUCGAUGAGCCUCACAACUUCUACUACUGCCAUGUGGACUCGAAGACAUGGCUAGGGACUGAACCAUGGUGCGAAGAAAAACCAUGUGGGAAGUUCGAGUGGAAAGACCCCGAAAACGGAACAGUUAUCUGUGACUACACCUACUACAGUCCUUUGUACUACCGGGACCACAGGUUCGACCCACCUCUACGUGUGUAUGGCGGACUGAGGGGCCGCUGUGAGGUCCAGUGCUCGCCUCCGUUAGUUCCGACAGGGGCUCCGCUUCUGGAGCCUGACGCUGGAGGGUACUACUACUGCCACGGACACUCCGCAACCUGGCUGGGACAAGAGCCUAAAUGCCGGGACAGGCCAUGUGGAGACUUCCAACGGAGCCCCCAAAUGGCAAUAUUUGAGUGCGACUACAGGCGCAACGGUGUCAGACUUACCUGGGACCACACCACCGGUGUAAUUUACUUUGGUGCUAUAAUAGGGCAUCAGGUUCUUCGCUGGGAUCGCACCCACACUUAA